CCGGGCGUGCACGCGCCGUGUUUGCCAACAUGAAUUCAAAACUAUUACUGUCGUUGAGCAAACAAAGCCGUGGAGGCUCAGUGGCGGACCGACGGAUUGACGGCACCGUGCACUUUUACGCACAAGCUCCGAACUGGGUUCUUUUUACGCACGGUUCAAUUACAUGAACGGAGGCGUGCACGCGCGUAAAUACCGACAGAGAGAGAGGGGGAGAUUAAAGGGAGCAGAUAAAAGUGACAGGUUCGUGUCUCGGUUCGGAUCCGGACGGAGACGAAGCAGCAGAAAAGAGGAUCCGCUGACAGAACCGGCAACUUGGAGACGAAGCUCCUCCUCCCCCCGAUGUGGCCGCGGGUCGGAACCUCCUUAAUUACUAAUUUCUCCACAUCCACACCACGCUCUCUCUCUCUCUCUCUCUCUCUCUCUCUCUCUCUCUCUCUCUCCCCCUCUCUCUCUCUGUCUCUCUUCUCUCUCUCCACUCCUCCAUCCAUGCUCCUCUCAUCCUGACCCUCCCGUCUCUCUCCUCUCUGUCUCUUUUCGUUUCCAGCCCGGAUAACGGAGGUGCACGAGCUUGGGGUUGUUGUUGUUGUUGUUGUAGUUGUUGUUAUUAUUUUAUUCUUUUUUUGGGGGGGGGGGAUAUUAUUUAUUCCUGCUUUUUGCCGCCACCGGGCAUGGAGGAUGUAAAAGAGCCGCCGACCGUCCACCGGUCCUCCUCCUUCAGCAUCAAGAGCCUCCUGCUGCCCUCCUCCAAGUGCGACAGACCCGACUCCGCCGCCGCGACCCCCGGCAUCCCGGCGACCCUCUGCCCCUCGCCGGGCUCCGACUCCGAGAAGUCGCUGGACGCGCCGGAGGCGGACGCCGCGGCGCCGGACGCGCAGAAGCCGGGCGACGAGGAGCGGGACGGAGGCGCCACGGCGCCGCCGGAGCACAACUCCACCGGCGGCAGCGGGAAAAACGGCAAAUACGACAAGCCGCCGUUCAGCUACAACGCGCUGAUCAUGAUGGCCAUCCGGCAGAGCCCCGAGAAGCGGCUCACGCUCAACGGCAUCUACGAGUUCAUCAUGAAGAACUUCCCGUACUACCGCGAGCACAAGCAGGGCUGGCAGAACUCCAUCCGCCACAACCUGAGCCUGAACAAGUGCUUCGUCAAGGUGCCGCGCCACUACGACGACCCGGGCAAGGGCAACUACUGGAUGCUGGACCCGAGCAGCGACGACGUGUUCAUCGGGGGCACCACCGGGAAGCUGCGCCGGCGCUCCGCCACGUCCCGCGGCAAGUUGGCGAUGAAGCGCGGGCUGCGCUUCGCCCCGCUCGGCCUGGGGAUCAACGAGCGGGCCAACAACCCGCUGUACUGGCAGAUCUCGCCCUUCCUGUCGCUGCACCACCACCACCACCACCACCCGCACUACAACGGCUCCUCGUCCGGGUUCCUGAACCAGGCGGCGGGCUACGGCUCGCUGCUGCCCGCCGUGGAGCAGCUGGGCACCGGGGAGCUGGGGCGCUCGCUGCUCGGCGGCUCGGCGGCGGGCGCGCUCGGCCUGACGAACGGUUACGGGAUGAGCACGUCGCCGGUCGGGCUGCUCUCCGGACAGGCCGCCGGCUACUUCGUGUCGGGGACCCAGCACGCGGCCGCGGGGGGGCCGGGCCCGCCGGGGGGCGCGGGGCCGCCGCCGCCGCCGCCGCACCUGCAGCAGGGCGCGCCGGGGUACGGCGGCUCCCCGCAGGCGCUGCUCUCGGACUCCCUCAGGACCAGCUCCCUACAGGCCUUCUCCCCGGGCGUGUCUGCGGGGUUCCCCGGGAUGCUGUCCCAUCAAAAGAGGGUGACUCCCAACGCUUUCCUAAACUGACCCCCCCCCCCCCCCGACACCACCACCUCCCUCCCCAUCACCGCCACCAUGGCACCGGGACGAGGACGCACAACCCGACGUCAUGUUUAAGGGCAAACAAACACAUAAUGGUAAAUAUCAAACAUCGAAAGAAAUAGUUAUAUAUGACAGUGGAACUUUGUUUAUGUUUUUUUGGGGCCAUAUUCUGCCCCCGGAGUGCGACGGGCUUGGUUCCGUCCGUGGUUCCGUCCGUGGUUCCGUCCGUGGUUCUGGCACGAACCGUCUGUCACUGUAAAACUAGACUUUGCCAAAGGUAACAAAACUAUAUAUGAGUAGGAAAAUAUUCCGAGCUAUUUAUAUCUUGUACAAAGAUUUUCAGUUCGACUUCCGUUGAGUCUUUUAUUAUUUAUGUUUUGUAUUUAUUGUACAAUGUAUUUAAAAAAAGAAAGAAGAUCUAUUUGUCAGCGUGGACGCAUCAGUAUUGAGGGAGGAGGAGGAGGGGGGGGGGGGCUUACAGGGUUAAUGAUUAUUUAUGAAUUUUCAGACAAUCAAGAAGAAAGAAAAAAAGACAAUCAAAAACCUUUUGUUCCUUUUCUUUGGAAAAACUUUUUGAAUAAGUGAAUCGUGACUAAAUAAAUAUUAAAAAGCCUUAAAAGAUCAGCGGAGACAAUCAGGUUGUGUCCAGACGAAACAUAAGCCUAAACAUCAUAUCUCUACUCAGGUGUGACCCCGGACAGGCCUCAGAAUUAUAGUCAUCAUAACAAUAACAAUAACAAUCGUAAUAAUAAUAUAACUCUAUGGAGACGUUUCCUUCCAAAACACAAAUAUCCAAAACUCUUCUAUAAAACACCGUCAGUGCUGAAGAUUGAAAUCAAACUGUCCCUUUAAAUUAUGUAAAAAAUAAUGAAUGAGACAGUAACUGAGGGGGUGAAUGUGUUUCUGGAACAAAAACUCUUCUGAUAAAAUUAUGCAAAACAUCGUUUUACUGUGUUUUUCUGUUCAUCACCUAUAUAAUAACCCAGAUUGUCCUUUUCACUUCACACGACUUCUGUGUGUGUGUGUUUGUGUGUGUGUGUGUGUGUGUGUGUGUGUGUGUGUGUGUGAGAGAGCGUAAAAUCCUCCUGCGCAUGUGCGCCGAGGGCCUCCAUACCAACAAACUGCUCUUCUGAUUAUUAUUUUUAAUUUUUCGCUCCGGUUUCCCGGUAAAAAGUUUGAAAGUGACCGUGGAGGCAGAGAGGACGGAGGCCUCAACGUGCCCAAACUUUCGCCACUACGUUAUUAUUAGUACUUUUUAAAUUGUUCAAACAAUAAACAGGAUAACACACACACACACACACACACACACACAUAAUUGUUGUAAGGUGAAAAACUUGCAUCUCCAAAACACCAUCUUUUUUUUUAUUUUUAAAAUAAGUUUAAAAAAAUUCGAAUUUUCUUCAAGACAAAAAAAUGAUCUCAACUCAUAUUACAAAUAUGCAACUUAUUUAUUUUAUGUUUUGUGUAAAACAUGCAUCAGCUGACGUGCACAGAAAGACGCGGGCCGCCAUCUUCCACCUGACACCGAUAUGAAAGUUUGACGUGAUGACACGAAGCAGUUUUUUUUUAAUAUUACACAUUGUUGUAUAAUGGAAACAUUAUUUUAUUUCAACAUGUGACAGAUUUAACUACAGAGACGGAUUUGUGUAUUUUUUUUCGUUACUUGUUUUGUUUUACUUAUUUAAAAUGUUAUUUGCAUUUAAUUUACGACAGUGUCACUGAAUUUAACUUCAAAGCUCCAACUCCAGACAAAUUAUUGAAUUCAUUCAUAACGAUUGAACACAUUUGCUGCAGGUUAUUGAACAUGUCAUCCCGUGAAUCACAAUGUUGUGAUAGAAUAAUCGUUGUGGUUUAGCUAAUUCUUUUUUGUUUUAGUAAAUGUAAGUGACAUGAAACAGCGACAGUAAAAUAAUACGAACGAUUUUUGAAUCGGAAUUUUUGCAGAUUUAAAGAAACGAAUCAUCUGAACGCGCGGACACUUUGUAAAUCGACGUCUUCGCGGCUGUUUACGGAGAAAAGCAUCAAUGUUACACUUGAAAGUGCAUUUUACAAAUCAGCAAGAGCCUUGUGAGCGUAUGAGAGAAAUAUGUUUUUGAAUAAAGAUAUGUAAUAUGUUGAAACGCGAGUAUUGAGUAUUGAUCGACCGGCCUUGUCCUCAGAUCGCAGGUCAGCGAUGUCUGAGCUCUGCCACACGAUCCUCAUCACGUACAUGUGGACAAAGCAAAGAGAAGCAGGAGGAAGAUGACGAGGAUGAGGAUGAUAUUACUUCUCUUUUUAAGCCCUGCGGAAAAUAAAAUACGAGAAAACGAGAUUUUAGAAAUGAAAAAAAAGGAGAAAUCUCGAUUCGAAGGGAACUUUUAAAAAACGAUACAAACGUUGAAUUAAAAUCUUUUCACUCACUUCUGACAUUAACGUUAAACUGCACAGUUGGAUUCAUUAAUUCUGAUUAAAGAUAUCAAAUGUUUUUUUCAUUUCAAAUUAUUCAAAUUUGAGUCUCGGGGUUGUUUUUGAAAAGUCUUGUGUGUUUCUGUUGGUUGUUUUUUGUUUUUUUGAAAUGCUGAUUGAUGGAGAUUCUCCCAGCUGAUUUUAUUAAACUGUUUUUUUUUUACAGUGCAGAACAGGAACUAAAACUUUAUAUAACCUCACACACACACACACACACACAGUCCAGCGGGUCUGACUGAGCCUCCUUAUGUUCAGAUGAUGAUAAUAAACUUGUGAUGUUUGAAUUUAAAACUUGAUCCUGGAUUCAGAGGAUUUUUAUUCUAAAACUUUUUUCUGUCACUUUUUUUUUUCAGUUUUGGUUUUGUAAAAAAAAAAAAAAAAGAAUUGGGGAUUUGUUUUAUUUUUAUUUAAAUUUUGUUUUGCACUUUUGUCGUUAGCGUUCACUUGUACCAAACGUGUCCCGUCUGUUUUGUUGCUGUCUGUUAUUUUAUUUUUUCUGAGAGAAACUUUACUUGAUUAAAAAGGAUGAAACAAACCCGACGUGUCUGUCUGACUGAAACAAAUACAUAUUCUUCUUGUAUAUGUCAUUUCUCUCCGUAUACUGUACGUCAAGUGUUUAGGUUUUAGCCGCUGCUUUAAAUUAAAUCUGAACUAAAGUUUUUUUGUUUUAAAAGUUUUCUCUCUCUGUGACAUUCGUCGUACAGAGGCGACUUUUAUUUGAGUAAACAAACUAUUUAUUUCCUUUUUUUUAUUUCUUCAUCGAG